AUGCUUCAGGAAAAGGCUGCUCUUCGCGGACUCUUAGUAGCAGAGCUCUGGUCGCCGCCCCAUCCGAAGCCCGCACCCAGAGGCCCUGCUUUGAAGGACUGGUUGAGCAGGCUCUCGUUCUCUGUCUCAGGAGUCUUGGCAUACUCAGAUCCUCAUGCUCUACCGAUAGUCGAGGAAGUGCUAAGCUUGGUGGGUCUGACGGGCUCUGGCGAUGUCACAUCCGAUGCACUGCUGGAGCAGGCUCGCCGUAACAAGCACUUGAUGCAAGUUGUCCUGAAAGAGGCCGGCCUCACUUCCUGCAGGUGGGUAUUGGCAUGCUCAGAGUCUGAGGUGCAAAGCUUCGUGGAAGCGGAGCCGUCACAAACGGCUGUGAUGAAGCCCUUCCUAGGUGGGUCUGCGGGCAACAAUGUUACACUUCUAGACUACGGCAAUCGACCUCGAGAGUCUGAGGCAUUUGUCCGCCAGGUCUUCAGCAGCCGACCUACGGGGGCAGAGUCGAUGCCAGUCCUGGUGCAGGAACACCUUCAAGGCGAUGAGUACGCAGUUGACAUUGUAGUCCGUGAUGGCGAAAUGGCCGUGAUGGGUGUGUUCAAGUAUGAUGUCAGGCCCCUCAAUGGUGCUGAAUUCGUGGUGUUCGGCGUUUUCAUAGAGCCGAUUCAGAAAGGGUCGCCGGAGGAAGCAGUUGCAAACUAUGCCAUGGAGUCACUUGCUGCACUUGGCAUGCGAAAUGGCCCUGCGCAUGUGGAGGUGAAGAUGACCGCAAAGGACCCGGUCUUGAUUGAGGCGAAUUGCAACCGCUUCACAGGCCUCGACAUGAUCUUUGAUAUAGCCGAGAGGGCUGUGGGUUAUACUGCCAUUGAUGCCUUCCUCGAUGCAGCGGAUGCCAGAGUGAGUGCCGAGGAGUGGCGUUCUCGCUAUCCGGUGCUGCCUUCCCCAAAUCUCCGUGCCUAUGGCGGAGUAGCGCAAAUGCAUGCGCGAAAGUCCGGUAUUUACGAAGGCGGUGACGAAGAAGCAGCUGCUGAGAUCAUGGAGUUGGAUUCUGUUUACAAGCUGGAGAGUCGUGACAUUGCUGUUGGUUACCCUCUGGCCAGGACUGUAAGUGACGCCACGUGUCCCGCAGAGGUGGGCUUGCUCUGCAACAGCAGAUCCCAGCUGAUGGCGGACUACGAUCGCAUAUUCCAAAUCGAGCGAAGGAUGUUUCGCGUAAAAGAAACAGGCUUCAACAUCUGGUACCGUACUGCGCUAGAGCCCUGGCAGACUUCACAGGCGUACAGCAUUGGCAACAGUUAG